AUGAGUAUAAGGCUCAAAAAAUGUAUUAAAGGGUCUAGUCAUAAGCCUGAUUUAAAUAGAUCUGCAUCCGGCUAGAUUUUCGCUGCUUUCCUAUGGUUGUAAAUGGAGCUGCUCAGCAAAGUCGUUUAAAUACAAGGACCCAUAGGAAUUCCUCUACCGAGAAACUGUGGGUUUCAGCCUACAGGGGAGUAGUCUUUUUCUUGUAGCUGACGAAGGAAGGCACUUUGGCACCUAAAUAGACUCCAAGGAUCCAUGGAUCAAACUAUUCCCAAUAACCGUAGCAGGCAUAAGCCGGCCACUCAAGACUGAAGCCGCAAGGAGGAGUCAGAAGGUACAGGAAGUGGCAUCCACCUGGAAAGACCCCCUGGACUCGAGUCAAAUAGCAGUAGAACCUCCAGUACUGGAGGUCUUUGGUGACUGCGCCAUCAAUAUGGCUAUUCCUGACUUUUAAUAAUCCUAAUCCCUUGCAUAAAACUCAGAGGGAGCUUGCUUCCAUAGCCCGAUAAAUUCAUAAAGAUAAGCCAAAUUUCAUAAUUAAAAUAUGGUAUCGUUCGAUUCAGCAAAUUUUCUCUCUUUCCAUAUUUUAACUAUGAUUAAAUAGAUCAGUUUUGGCUUCAAACCAAGACCUUGAGCAAUAUUUCAAAAAAAAAGCAAAUUCAAUGAUGAGAUCAAGCAUCUAUUUUGUCGAAAAAUUGCCUUGAGGUAUGUCUCAUCCUGAUAAAGGAUUGAGAAUUUGGUACGGAUUUUUUAUUGGGAUUUUAAUUUUAUAUAACUCAAUUGUAGAUCCUUUUGUGAUUUCUUUUAUGGAAACAUCUGUAGGGGAUGGAUGAUUUGUGGUUGAUUUAAUUUUUGAUGCGUUUUUUGUUAUAGAUAUUAUAUGAAUACUUAAUACUGCUUAUUAUGAUAUUAAUGGGGUGCUGGUAACUGACAGAAAGCUGAUAUUUCGAGAGUAUUUGAAAUCUUGAUUGGUAAUUGACGCGAUUGCUUGCAUUCCUAUAGGGGUUAUACUUGGAUUUUCUGAAGAUAACUAUAUUGGAUAUAAUAGAUUCCUCAGAAUCUUAAGAUUGAACUCUUUACAGAACCUUUUUCGAGUUUCCCGUCUAAUCGGAGAAUUUAAGAGCGAUAAUCCAAAAUCUGUUUUAAGCCGAAUGCAGUCUUAUUUUAAUAUUAAUCAUAGCUCAACAAGAUUUUUCAGUACAAUAACAAGAAUAUUUGUAUGAAUUCAUGCAAUGGCUUGCUUUUGGCAUUUAAGUGCAAAAUUAUCAAAUUAUCACUAUGAUACAUGGGUAGUGAGAUGUGGAUACAGAGAUAGCAGCACUUCAACAGUUUAUGCAACUUCACUUUACUGAGCCUUAACGACUUUAACAACAAUAGGAUAUGGAGAUAUUUAUGCAAAGACAAAUACUGAAAAAAUACUUGCUAUGUUUUGGAUGAUAAUCGCUCUUUAUUUUGUUUCUUUUAAUAUCAGUAGUCUUUCUUCUAUGCUUUCUCAAAUCGACAUUAAAAAGAAUCAAAUAGAUCAAAAGCUAGCCCUUGUUGAUGAAUUUUCAAAGGAAACUUCUCUUACUCCCCAAUUAAAUUAGAGCAAAAAUUCUGUUCCGGUUUAAGGAUUAGUGUUUUUUAAAAUAUAAUUAUAUUAAAUUUUUCUCUAUAAAACAAAUUUUUAUAAUAAUUUUAAUAAUUAAAAAAAAUAUUUGAAUUUUAAUUAUGAAGAAUUAAUUAAAAAUCAAUUCAAUGUGAAAACUAUUUAAAUAAUAUCCUACUUACAUUUUUCUUUAAUUAUGUCAAAAAUAAUUUUGUAAAAAUUAGUAUUUAAAUAUAUUAAAUUUUCCUAUUGAAAAACAAUUUUUUGCAAUUUAAAGAGGUUCAAGUACUUGAAAUGGAAAUUUUACCUAUAUUUUGUUCAAAUUUAAAGGGAGGAUUAAUAGAAAAAUAAAAAGAAAAAUGCAGAAAAGUAUUCGAAUUAAAACUGAACGCUUGGCGUUUAAGGUUGAAGAAAUCGAAUCUCUAAUGGACGAACUGCCUAAACAGCUUAAAUAUGAAGUUGCAACACAGAUGCAUAAUGGCGCAUUGACUCUUUUUACUCUUUUCCAGAAUAAAGACCAAAGAUUCAUCUAUUCAAUUUUUCCUUUUCUCCAGCCAUCGUACAGCUCAACUUCAGAAAUGGUAUAUUCAGAAGGAGAACCAUCAAACGACAUUUUCUUUAUAGUAAAAGGCCGAGUAAAUUUCAUAUUCGGAGAAGAAAAUACAACGUUUACCGUUAAACAGAAAGGCCACUAUUUCGGAGAUACCGAAAUAUUCCAAAAAAUAAAAAGAAUCCAUAGCGUUAUAGCAGCAUGUGAAUGCAGCUUGCUUGUUAUGAUAAAAUCAGUUAUUGAGAAGGUAAGAGACGAUUUUCCUUCUAUCUGACAAGAAAUGGAAACUCAUGCAAAGGAAAAAGACCAAAAAACAAAGCAUUCAAUUGCAGAAAUGAAAAUACUUAUGAAAGCCAACAAAGAUGGGAAUAUUAAAAAAAUGACAGCAAAAGAAUUUAAGGCAAUGAUUGAAAAGGAAUUAAAAAUUUUCGAAGAAAUAAGGGAUAAAGAUGAGCGUUCUCCUGAAGAAAUGAAAAAAAAAUUAGAAGAAAGGACAGAUGCACUUGAGUCUCAAAUCAAAAAAAAUGUAGAAAAUAUUUGUCAAAUUGAAGAAAUAAUGAAUGAAUUAUUUGGGACAACAUACAAAGAAAAUGAAAUUUUAAGGCUAACGUCACUGCCAGAUGCAAAGCCAUCAAGCUUGCCAGCGAUUUCUAAAAGGAUAAUUAACGUUCAAGAACUAGCUAGUAAUAUGAACAUUCCAGAUACUUUGCUUACGGGAAAGUAA